AUGUUAUUAUGUGACCAGGUGGGCAAGGGUUUGUCUAAAGAUGCCGAGGAACAAAAGUUGGCUUUUCAACAUUGGAUUGAAGCUGGUCAUAGUUCUUCAUCUGGACAGAAGCAGAAAUUUACUUCUUUUAGAAUCUGUUUUAGAAUCGGGACAGAAGCAGAAAUUUUCAGGAAAAACUCCAGGAACCCAGCAACAUUUGUAGUAGUUGAUGGAUGGACCGUGACUAUUGCUUCAGUUGGCGAUUCCCGCUGCAUUUUAGAUGCUCAAGAUUGUGGUAUCUCUAUCUUGACUGUUGAUCACUGA